AUGUCGCUCCACAGGUGGUCUUUGCCCAGCAGGGCUUCCCGCGAGAAAUCCAAAGACAGCGAUCCAAACCACCGUACUAGAUUCCCAACCAUACACAUCGGCGAUACUAUCUCUCGUCGGCGAGCAAAUAUCUCCUCCGCCUUCGCAAAUUUAUUCGAGAAGGAUGAGAAUUGCCCGAAUAAUGCAGAAACUAGCGGCACUCGUCUUACUAGCAACGAUUUGCGGCCCUUUUCUUAUAUUGAAAAUAUAACGUCGAGUACUAGGUCUAGAGUGACGAAGCACGACGAUGGAUCUGAUCAUAUUAACAAAGCCACCCUACAAAUGUCUGGUCUCAUUACCCAAAAAUCCUUUGGGCAAGAGGUAUCGCUACAGGAAACAUUGCAAGAGCGCAACGCACGUAAUCCUUUCAGUGACCACAAUGCCAAAUCAUCAGAAGAGAGUACCUCGGGUGCUGAUUCGCCAGCCUCACUCACUAAAGUCCGCAGCGCUUCGUCAUCUUACCCGUCUGAAGGUAUCCGUUCUCCGCCGGACCAUUGCCAUUCGCCCCAGUCGAAUACUUGGACACAAGACUUCAUAGCUGAGAUAUCUCACUACGGUACAUAUCCAUCGGGAAACCCCCCGAGCAAAUCUAGCGCUUCGGCCAACGAUGUGUCAGUAUUAAGUAAUAGAGCUGGUAAGUGUCUUAUGGAAGAAUUAGCUGCAGCCGGUGGAAUUUCAGAUACCGAUACAAGAACAGCAAGCAGUGAUUAUACCCCGAGACCACCGCUUUCAGAUGUUGCUUCUACCAGCUAUCCACAAGACAAGCUAGACAAGGACUACGACAACGAUCACUUUGCCGCCGCGAGACAGGAAGUCUUUUCUGCACUAGAUGGUCAAGGCCCGAGUACCUCGGCUAUCCAUGGCAGCUAUCCUGAACCUGGACCGUCUCACACUAGCUCGUCUGACGAGGAAUUUCCAUUUCGGUUGAGUCAUACAAGUUCUACGGAUCCCCUUCGUCGGAGCGGGGAGACACGCAGGACACGUUUUACUAAAAAGAUACACUGGAAGAAUCAAGGCAACAAUUAUCAUACUAUGCCAGCAACUACUGCGCGAGGCGGUUCCCGACGAGGUCGGCUCCCUGAAGUUUCACCUCCCUUGGGAAGUCCGCAGCAACCUGGGUUUCAUUGGACGGGAUCCAACGCAUCUUCUACUACACUAGUCAAACGGAUCCAGAAGUUCAAGUUCAAGAAGUGGAUAAAAAAGUCGUACAGAUCACGGAAGUCAAAAAGACAUAACGGCGCCUACAAAGCGAAAGCGAAAUCGACUAGGAGUCGUUGGAAGUCAUUCAAGUCCACAAAUAAAACAAAUAAGGGUAAUGAGGCAAGGGAGGGUAUGGCGCAUCGAUUCAUGAACUCACUGAGACCAAAGCACAGCAUGCAAUUCCCCAUACGAGAUAAGUCUAAGGCUAAGCAUAGGAGAGCACAAUCCUGUCCACCUUGA